AUGAGACUCAUCAUUAGAGACGAUCCGGAGACCGCCAGCUACUAUGUGGCCAACUAUAUCAUCCAGAGGAUCAAGCAUUUCAAUCCAACCCCCUCCCACCCUUUCGUCCUUGGUCUUCCCACCGGGUCUAGUCCGUUGGCUGUGUAUAGAAUAUUGGUGGAGAAAUAUAAAGCUGGAGAGAUAUCAUUCGAAAAUGUCGUCACCUUUAACAUGGAUGAGUACAUCGGGAUACCGAGAGACCAUCCCGAGUCCUACCACUCGUUCAUGUGGAAGAACUUCUUUUCUCAUGUCAACGUCAAGCCCAACAACGUCAACAUCCUAAACGGCAACGCGCCCAACCUCGAGGCCGAGUGCGUCGAGUACGAGGCCAAGAUCAAGCGCGUCGGCGGGAUUGAUCUCUUCCUGGGCGGCAUUGGCGAGGACGGCCACAUUGCCUUUAAUGAGCCGGGCUCCAGCCUGGCGUCGCGGACGCGGGUCAAGACGCUGGCCUAUGAUACCAUUAUUGCCAACUCGCGCUUCUUCGGCAACGACCUCGACAGCGUCCCGCGCAUGGCCCUGACCGUCGGCGUGCAGACGGUCCUCGAGGCCCGCGAGGUGGUUGUCAUCAUCCUCGGCUCCCGCAAGGCCCUCGCCCUCCAGCGCUGCAUCGAGCAGGGCGUCAACCACAUGUGGACUCUCUCGAGUCUUCAGCUCCACCCGCAUCCCAUGAUUGUCUGUGACGAGGAUGCUACCCUGGAGCUGCAGGUCAAGACUGUCAAGUACUUUAAGAGUAUCGAGCAAGUAGCCCGUCAACAAGGAUUCGAGCAAAUCCUGCCCUCGACCAUCCGCACGGGUCCGACGACCACUAUCCAGGUGCCCAAGACACCGCCCGUGGUGGACAUUCACACACCCCCUUCCCCCGAGUCCCCAAUCAUAUCGUCACCCACGAUCCUGGCACCGCAGCCGACCACAUCGCGCUUCCUGCGCCCCACGUCGCCGGCCAACGAGUACCCCCUCCGCUCGGUAUCCCCCGAGCUGGUCCCCGACCGCAUGGCUGACCGUGUCGGCGUCCCGACGCUUGCGGCGCGGUUGACUCCCCGUCCUGAGCAGCAGCAGCGUCUCGCUAGUGUCGGGGCUUGA